CCAAACCCAAAAUCAGAUAUAUAUUGAACGUGUUUGUCUGUCUCUGCAGAGAUUAGAGAGUGAGAAUGGGGAAGACCAUGGCGGUGGGAGUGCCAGUCAUCAUCGCCUUGUUAAUUCUGUGCGGUGUGGAUCUGGUCAGGUCAGACGCGUCGGAUCAUCGGUACAAGGAAGGAGAUUUAGUCCCUUUGUAUGCUAACAAGGUGGGCCCCUUCCACAACCCCAGCGAAACGUACCGGUAUUUUGAUCUCCCAUUCUGCUCACCAGAUAAGGUGAAAGAGAAGAAGGAAGCUCUGGGUGAAGUAUUAAAUGGGGAUCGUUUAGUCAGUGCCCCUUACAAACUAGAGUUCCAAAAGCAUAAAGAUUCGGAAGUAGCUUGCAAAAGAACAAUAAAAAAGGAAGAAGUGGCCCGGUUCAGAUCUGCUGUCAACAAGGACUAUUACUUUCAGAUGUAUUAUGAUGACUUGCCCAUUUGGGGUUUCAUAGGAAAAGUUGACAAGGAAGGCAAAGACCCGAGCGAAUACAAGACCUACCUGUAUAAGCAUAUUCAUUUUGAUAUCUCUUACAACAAGGACCGUGUGAUUGAAAUCAAUGUUCGAACAGAUCCAAAUGCACUGGUUGACCUUACAGAGGAUAAAGAAAUUGAUGUCGAAUUCAUGUAUACUGUAAAAUGGAAGGAAACAACCACUCCUUUUGAUAAGAGGAUGGAUAAGUAUUCUCAGUCCUCAUCGCUGCCGCAUCAUUUGGAGAUCCAUUGGUUCUCGAUUAUAAAUUCAUGUGUGACAGUUCUCCUCUUGACUGGGUUUCUUGCCACAAUUCUCAUGCGAGUGCUUAAGAAUGAUUUUGUCAAAUAUGCCCAUGAUGAAGAAGCAGCUGAAGACCAGGAAGAGACUGGAUGGAAAUACAUUCAUGGAGAUGUAUUUAGAUUUCCCAAGUACAAGUCUCUGUUUGCAGCAGCUCUGGGUUCAGGCACCCAACUAUUUACCCUUACGAUAUUCAUUUUUAUACUUGCUCUUGUUGGCGUGUUUUAUCCAUACAACCGAGGGGCUCUAUUUACUGCUCUAGUUGUCAUUUAUGCACUCACAUCAGGAAUUGCAGGAUAUACUGCUACUUCAUUUUAUUGCCAGCUAGAGGGAACAAACUGGGUUAGGAAUCUAUUGUUGACGGGAUGCCUCUUCUGUGGACCUCUGUUCCUUACAUUCUGCUUUUUGAAUACUGUUGCAAUUGCUUAUACGGCCACUGCCGCGCUUCCCUUUGGCACUAUUGUGGUUAUAGUUCUAAUUUGGACACUUGUAACAUCACCUUUGCUAGUGUUAGGAGGUAUUGCCGGAAAGAACAGCAAAGCCGAGUUCCAAGCUCCUGUCCGCACGACUAAAUAUCCCAGAGAGAUUCCACCUUUACCUUGGUACCGGGCAACAAUCCCUCAAAUGGCAAUGGCUGGUUUUCUGCCUUUCAGUGCUAUAUACAUUGAACUGUACUACAUUUUUGCCAGUGUGUGGGGUCACAGGAUUUACACCAUUUACAGCAUCUUGUUUAUUGUGUUUAUCAUUCUUCUGAUAGUUACUGCUUUCAUUACUGUGGCAUUGACAUAUUUCCAACUUGCUGCUGAGGACCAUGAGUGGUGGUGGAGAUCUUUCCUCUGCGGUGGAUCUACUGGCAUAUUUAUCUAUGCCUAUUGUUUGUAUUACUACUACGCACGCUCGGAUAUGUCAGGAUUUAUGCAAACAUCAUUCUUCUUUGGUUACAUGGCAUGCAUCUGCUAUGGUUUCUUCCUCAUGCUUGGAACUGUAGGCUUCCGUGCAGCUUUGCUUUUUGUUCGUCACAUAUACCGAUCCAUCAAGUGUGAGUAGGUAGUUGUUCUCCAAGAAUCAAUCAUCAUGGGAGAUGUAUUUUCUGGUGUUUUUCAUCUCGUAGGCACCUACCUCCUUGUAGAGAAGUUUCCUUAAAAUUAAUUUUGUAGUGCCUCGUGUACUAAAGAAGUGUCAUGAGAUAUCUUGCUUUCCAGAGCAAUGUGUUAGAUCACAAUAUGGUCGACUAUUCAUAGAGACAGUUUGUAUCAUUACCUUUCAAGCUUUGCAAUACAUUCUUUAAAUAUCUUCCUCUUUCCUUCGUAUCGUUAUAGAGUUACCCAAUGUU